AUGUUGAACAUUUUGCCUCCCUUCCCACAUGUCAGUUGCUCGCGAGGGCCACCCGAUGCAGAGGCAGCAGUCCUCAUGAACGACAUCUACAGGGAAAGGUUUCCAAAGGCGGUCGAACAGAUGGAAGAAAGAUUGGAACAGUUCAUUCAGACGAACGGGGUUGGAGCAGCAUUGUCGUCGUCGUCAUCUCUCAUGUCGGCAUCUGUAUGUGACGUAAUAAACCUAGCAAAGGAUUGUCUUCAGAAGUCGAAGGACAAGUUACUGACCAGUGCAUACUUUUAUGAGAUAUCUGAAAGCCUUCAAACACUGUUGAAUGAGGCCAAAAAUAGGAAUCCGAAUGGUUACACCUCUUUGUCAAUGUUGAUCAAAAAACUGCUCAUCAUUCUUUCCAGACCGUCUCGUCUGCUUGAAUGUCUGGAAUUUGACCCGGCUGAGUUCUACUUCCUGCUGGAGGCGGCAGAGGGCCACAUCAGGCAGACCAUCAAGACAGAUGUCCCCAGGUACAUAGUCAAUAAACUGGGACUGAACAGGAAUCUCAACAAUGAUGUAAUGACGUCAGAAUGUGAAGUCAGUGACUCAGUACAGGAAGAAGAAAGUUUCAGACACCACACACCUUCCGAGGGGGACUUUGAAAUGAUCAAACUAAUAAGCAAUGGAGCUUAUGGGAGCGUGUUCUUGAUAAGGAGCAAGGAAACGCGCCAGGUGUACGCCAUGAAGAAACUAUUGAAAAGUCAUCUCGUCCUUCGCAAUCAAGUGGAACAAGUAUUUGCGGAGAGAGACAUAUUAACUUUCACAGACAAUCCUUUCGUUGUCAGUUUUUUUUGCAGUUUUGAGACUAAGAAGCAUCUGUGUUUAGUGCUGGAGUACGUGGAAGGUGGUGAUGUGGCCACCCUGCUGAAAAAUAUCGGCGGUCCUCUGCCCAUGGAUCUUGCCAGGAUGUACUUUGCUGAGGCAGUCCUGGCACUUGAGUACCUUCACAGCUAUGGAAUAGUCCACAGGGAUCUUAAACCGGACAACCUGCUGAUAACAUCCAUGGGUCACAUCAAGCUGACAGACUUUGGAUUAUCGAAGAUCGGAUUGAUAAAUCUGACGACAAACUUGUACGAGGGCUCCAUCGAUAAGGAUUGCAAGCAGUUUAAGGACAAGCAGAUUUUUGGCACACCUGAGUACAUAUCACCUGAGGUCAUUCUCAGACAGGAGUAUGGCAAGCCGGUGGACUGGUGGUCUAUGGGGGUGAUCUUGUAUGAAUUUCUUGUUGGCUGUGUCCCUUUCACAGGGGAAACACCUGAUGAACUCUUCACUGCUAUCAUCAAUAAUCCGGUUGAAUGGCCGGAAGAUGAAUUCUCACCGCCGGAAGAAGCUCAAGACCUCGUCAUUCAGUUACUGGAGCACUCACCACUCGAGCGGUUGGGAUCAGGUGGUGCGACGGAAGUGAAGUGUCACGUGUUCUUCUAUGGGCUGGAUUGGGAUGGUCUGUUGAGACAGAAGGCUGAGUUUGUUCCCCAACUGGAACAUGAAGAAGAUACGAGUUAUUUUGAUGCUCGCUUGGACAGAUACGAUCACUCAGCCGUCGACGACGAUGAUGAUGACGACGACGACGAUGAUGAUGGUAGCAACUUAUUCCAUAGUUUCUCAUCGUGCUCCAUCAAUUAUGGAAGGACACAUGGACUGAAGCAGUUGCUUGGAGAUGGUGGUAGUGAGUCAGUCAGUAUUGCAUUGGACUCAUCUCGUGAUGUAAGUUGGAUUGGAGGGCUUGCUCGGGUUAGCUUAAAUGAAUAA